CGGCUUUCGAGCCACACCCCGCUUCCGCUGUUUACAGGAAGAAGAUGGCGGCGUCGAAGAGUCAGGCACGGCACGGAACAGAAACGAAGCCUUAUGAGUGGUUGACCUGAAUAUAAAACCCUUCGUUUCCGCCCAUUAUCAAUCUAUGUUUUGCAGGACAAUUUGGCUCACAGACUGCCCGCCUGAACUCCCGGCCAGGAUCUCUUCCUCCCACCAAAGAGCCGGCAUCUGGAUCGUUUCUAGGGCCGAACGGCAUGUGGACACUCGCCUGUUUUGAGGCGGGCGGACCGCCGACGUCGCUUACGACCGACUCUCAGCAACUCCUCUGUGGUGGAACUGCUGACAAGACGAGGCUGGGCUUGUCCGUCAGGUCAGUGUUCCGAGGACGGUGGAACAAGCGCAACGGGUUCCUGUUUUCCAAGAGGGGCGGUGGAAGAGAAGAGGGCUUUUCGGUACGUCCGCAAAGGGACGAUCUGUGAGCCAUGCAGACGCACAGGGGACGGGAGAUGCGUGAGGAGUAAGAAGUGACGAGGAACGGAGUACAGGAAAACAAAACAGCACCUGAAAAGCCGGAAAGCCUCCCCGUUGGCUGGAAUCCAACGGAAUCAAAAACCGACGACCUGGGAAGAAGCCUACUAUAAGCAGUGUCGUUUUUCUCGCGGUAAAUGCCUCGAUUUGUUGGGUAUUCACGCUUUGCUACGAUGGGAGGACACUGCAGGUCGGCAACUGCACACUGAUGGGUACCCGCCGCAGUGAAGAAGCCGAAUCGGGAGUGCCUGCAGCCACUCGGCAACGGGAAAUGCGCCCCUGAUUCGAUCGAGUCGAGCUCCCUCGACGCUCUUUUCCUCGAACUCUCAAACAGUUUCGAUCGUGACUUCCAGGUUGCACUCAGGCAUCCGAACUCUGCUUUACCACCUUGUUCAGUAUGCUAAAGAAGCCAGGUCUCAAGUUGGGCCUUGGAUGAGGCUAGGGAAGGCCUAUCUAGAAGAGCCUGUGGAAAGCAGCUCACCCAUGACAGCUUCGAGUUGAACAACGCAAGAUACUGGGCUGUUUCCUUCACAGUUGCACAGUCUUCCAUGUUGGGCGGGACACGAUCUCUUCGUGACCCAAACACCCUCGAUCUGGCUAUGUAACCAACAAUUGUGCCCCGCCAUCAACCACUCUUUGCACGCUCAAACUCCAGCCAGUCAGACCAUCACAACCUAAUUAUUCCAAAGUACUGCACCUCCCUCCCCCGCACUCCCAGCAAAAAGGACGCCGCCACAAACCAUACAAAAAGGAAACACCGGCCAGAGCACGCGAGGCCCAAAAUUGACCUUACAUCCGUCGGCCACGCUGAGUUGGAUGAACACCUGGAGUUGCCGACUACCGACAUGGAGCGCGGGGAGAAAACCGGAGGUUCCAUGAUCGCAACCAGCUCGCUCAGGGGUUCUAUAUAUGUACGCUACAGCGAGCGGGCUUUCAAGCAUAAACGACCCUUUUCCCUGCAGGUGACAACGGUGAAACAAAUGCGUCAUCAGUAACUAUAUCUGAAGAUCAGAAAAGAUGUAGAGCUAACCAGAGCAUAAAACUCUCCACCUUUUGUUCCCUGUUUCAUAAUAGACACGGUGGCGGAUGCAAGAGAUGUAUCUUGUGGCAUUGGAGGCUCUGAUUUCAUGCGGCAAACCAAUGACGUCGCCCUUGAAGGGCGAGGCCUCGCGCCCAUGCUCCACACAGGGGAGCUCUCUAAGCGCCCUGGGACCUCUUGCGCGGGGUGCUGGUGUCUCGCUGUUGCUAUUUUGAACACUGGAACAGUUCGUUGGGGCAAGAACUGAAAGUGAUAAGUGAUUUAACCCCGCCUUCUUGGUCAAAUCGUGCCAUUGCGAUAGAGCUAUUCUUGCCAUACACCAAUCUUCCUGGGCGAGCGGUUUUUGGGUGAUUUCAUCGACUUGACGGCUGAGAUAAAGAAGCCCAAGUCGCAGCGUCAUCGCCCCUUUUUCGAGUGCGACACACCUGGACAUCCCGCAUCAUCGCGCGGCGACAAUAUCGGCACAUAUUAACUGAAAGGACAGCCGACGUAAUGGCUUCUGGACACAAUGUGAGCAACCUACCUUGGCCACACCGAUCUCAGACACCCCAAUCCACCGAAAAAACACAUAAUCUAAUCCCAUGCGCCAACCACAGGAUCCAAAGCUGCUGUAUGCCAUCAAUGGUGUAAAGGCAUACCAUAUCGCCAAUGGCAAGGAGCAGCCCCUCACGCCAACGGGCCCGCAGACAUUGUCGCUGCUGAUGGUUCCUACGAGCUCUGUUUUCGCCGACCCGUCCAUCGACCCGGAGACGUCAAACGCCGAGCAGGACUUCUACCUCCAUCUUCACCUGCCCCCUGAGCUCGAUCUCCCGCUGCCAGCCACCACGCAAAUCUACCAUCAGCCGCCAACCAGUUACCUGAUUCCGCGGUGGGAUUUGGGGCCGGACAGCGGCGCAUUCACCAGGAUUGAGUUUCCCUCGGUACAAAGCCGAAAGGGGAUCCAGGAGGACGUCGACACAUUCGAGACCAUUUUGGCGCAAUGCACCGCUUUCCUCGAGAGGGCCCCGCCCCCAAAAAUUCAUGGAAAAAGCGAGAAGCAGUGGUGGGAGGACACCGACCAGAAGGUCAGCAGCGGGGGUACUGGCUCCAAGGCUGCUGUCGCCACAGGCGAACAGUUGCCCGCGUAUAACCCAGCAGACUUCAAACCUGGCGAGGCUUAUGCGCGUGGAGGCCCCUCCAACACCGCUCACGCGCCAGGACAGAUCGUUUUGGUUGAUGAAGAGGACGGCAGCGUGAUUGGCGAGCUUGCCGAGAACUUCCAGGUUGUUGAGCACAGUUCCCUGCAACCUGGAUCGAAAGAUCCGGUCGAGAUCACGCUCCCUGCCGAUGGUGGUUCGAAUGUUCAGGUGGCACCUAUCUCCCCUGAGCUGUGGGAUGCAGAGCUGCAUCCAGCCUACAAGAAUUCCUUCCUUGUCUCGAACGCGCACGCUGCCUCACGGCUCAUCAUCACUGGCUCCGACAUGGUUGCCAAACUUCUCCAAGGCCAGGCCGACAAUUACACCAAGCGAUCCGAGCCUGCUGCGAAGCCCAUGACCUUCAAGCCGACCACCAAGGAACACAUCCGUCGCAUCGGCACCUUUACUGGCGGUGCGGCCACUCUGUCGGCCAAAACGGUAGGCCAGAUUGGCAAAGUUGCACAGAACCUCGGAGCGACGCUCGGUGGACAUGGCAAGAAGGCGACCACUGGUCACAAGGGGUAUGGCCCGGACGGCAAACCGCUUGACACAUAUAAGCCAGGCAUCCUGAACAAGAGCAUGAUGGCUUUUUCCACUGUAAUGGACGGUGUAGAGCAGGCCGGACGUCACUUGCUUGCGUCGACGUCAGAUGCCGCCACAACUGUCGUUCAGCACAAGUGGGGACCCGAGGCAGGAGAGGUGAGCAGGUCGAUUGGUGGUGGCGUCAAGAAUGUCGGACUGGUCUACAUUGAUGUAACGGGCGUCUCGCGCAGGGCCCUGAUCAAGAGCGUGGCCAAGGGUAUGGUUGUGGGCAAGACAUCAAAGGGCGAGUCUAUCGUUGUGGGCGGGGGUGAUGGCGGUGCAGCUGUUAUUGAUAAUGACGGAGGAAAGUCGUCGGUUGACACACAGUCGCUGAGCGGAAUGACAGUUGCGGAGGGGAAGCAACCAGCGAAUGGCAACGGCAACGGAGCUAUCUAUAAGUAG